GAUAGCAAAUAUGGAUUACAGACCAGCUGGUCCUCUGAUGGACAUCAGUCUCAUAUCAGGAGAGUUGGAUGAGAUCCAUAUGCCACAUUUCCUCUGUUUAGGGGAUUGUGAGGUAUCUGAUGCCGUGAGGGUUCUGCAUGCUCAAGACAGUGGAGUGUGUCUGGAGGUGUGUAAGCUCACCCGACACCCUGCCAAGCUCACCUACCCCUCUUUGUCCCCUCUGGGCAUAGUGCUGCAGACUGGCAUUCGAAUGAAAGUCCACUGUGAGCUGCUGCUCUACAAGAGCUGCACCUCUCCCCGCACUCUCCAUGCCUACCUGGUUCCCAAAGAGCGAGCAGCGCUUCGAGCAGUGGAGCAUGAGGAGAAGAACAAAGGGGUGAAGAUCUCCAAGCCCAAACCGGAGAGAUCCCUCUUGAUGAAGAACUGGUUCAGCAUGAGGACCUCCUGUCCAUCCUCCAUCACCCCCGAGACCCCCGGGAUCAAGCUGAGGUACUGCAGCUUCAGUCCAAACUUCUUUGAGGUGUACUUAAAGAAUGCAGAGGAGGCCUUUGACAUGGAGUUAGUCUGUGUGGCCACCAACGAGUCUGUUUGGACAGCUGAGGUACGGAGGAAUGAUUAUAGCCAGACCAGUCGGGAGGGCAAUGAUCAAUACCAAACCAGUGGUAACCACAGGGAACCCUCCGAAGAAGGGAAAAGUGAUCUUUGCACUGGGGGCAGUACGCACAUCACAGAGUUAAAGAGAGACGAUGACAGGAACAUCUCAGUGGCAGCAGCAUUUGUGGACAGGAACAGAGCUGAGCUCAUUGCCAGGGUGAGUAACGUGAUGCCGAUUGCAGAUGCGCUGCGCUCCAAGGACUUGGUCCGCCCUGAGAAGUAUUCAGAGAUCAGAGCAGCUGCCACCAAUGAGGCAAAGAUGCGAGUGAUCUAUGAGUGUUUGCAUUCAGCUGGAGCUAAGGGGAAAGCAGCCUUCUAUGGAGUUCUUCUGCAGGAGGAGCCCCUCCUCGUCGAAGACCUGCGUUAAUAGACCAGACUAAACCUGCAUUCAUAACAUGACCGCACCUGCUUUAAAGAUUGAAUGAAGUUGUUAAAGACCUGACUGCACCUUGAGGAGAGAGGGGCACAUCACAACUCGUAUCGUUUUUACUGUGAGGACAUCAAUGAGCAGGAGGCAAUGAAUGAUUGCAAGUUUCAAAUGAACUCAUGCCUUUAAAAGGUGCCUUGCUGAGGGCACUUUUUAAGCAGCGCUAAAAAGCGAUUUUCUCUUGGGGUAAUUUAUUUUACAUCAAAUUUAAUCAGAGGAUAGAUUACUCUUGAAAAACAAAUGUGAACUCCGGUAUCUCUUGAUUGAAUCAGUAAUUUACUUGCUGAUCUAUAAUUUCACAUUUAGUCAUAUGACAGCUGGGCCGUGUUGUUAUAUUUGUAUGUUUUGUGUAGUGUCCUCCUCUAUGCAGCCUUUGACUUUUCUCUUUGAACUACUAACAAUGGCCGUUUUUCCCAGAUUUGGGAAACACAGCCAAUGUAUUUACAAUGCCUUUGCUAUUGCUAAUCUGCAAUACUAAGGAAUAUACUGUAUAACGUAUUUUCAUAUGAGAAAUGAUUUUUAAUCGAACAAUUUGUUUUUUCUCCCACAGUAACUGUUUUUGCUUUGCAUUGUUCUAUUUCAUUGCACUGUAUUACAAUUAAACAGUUUCCACAUAUACACCUAUCAAGUACAAUAUACUGUAAUAUGUGUGUAUGUCCAGUGCAGUUAAUUGAGUUGUCUUCCUAUUUGUUUUGGUGUGGUUACUUAAGAAUGGUGACCCUUUAUGUGUGUGUGUGUGGGUGUGUGCGUGCACCAGGGAGUCUGAUUAGCUUCGCUGAUUAGCAAGGCACUUCCUUGUCGCCAUUUUUCCUGAAAUACAUCAUGUCCGGUGCCAUUUCUCCUCAUUUGGUGGCUGUUCCACUAUCAGCUCAUGCAUGAGCUAAGUGUGGGCACGAGCUCUCCUUCUGUACCUUAUGUCAAUCAGUAACCUGCCACUUAAUUGGCUAAGUAAAACGGCACCAGAAACAAGCCCCUUGUAACGCCAUGUUGAAGCCUGAAAAAAUUGUUCAAUUUUGGCAAUUUUCACUAGCCUAGCAUUCCCAUUGAAAUGAAUGGGGGUGGGGCUUGUUCACUUUCUCCAGUUCUUAUAAUACCCCCAUGGUGUGCACGUGCACGUGAGUGCGUAUGUAGUAGAGUGGACCUUAUUAUGACCCAGCGAAAUUGUUGAAACAUGUAUUCUCAUAUAUACUGUAUUGAUAAUCUGAAAAAACGUGUGUGAUCAAAUAUAUUAAUGAUUAAUGAAAUGUAUCCCUCUACAUUGAUAAAUGAAAACUGUAUUGAAUAAUGAAAUAUGUAACUCCAUACUGUAAGGAUACAUGUUCUGUAAAAUCAUAUUCUUUGUAACCAUGUACUCUUAUAUUUGAUAGAUCCUUUGAACAAUGUGUUCUUUUGUAUUCCUAUGUACCAGCAAUCUUUUGUACUAUUGUGUAUCAACAAUGUAGUAUAUUUCCCUAUAGUAGUAUAUUUCCCUAUAGAACAAAAUGUGCAUAAGUAUUGAACACUGUGAGUCUGACCCACUGCAAAUGGGGAUGACUUGGAAGACAAGGUUAUUCAUAGGCACUGUUCAGUAUGGCAAAACAUGUAUGACGCACAAGCAUCCUAGGGCAAGAUAUGCUUGCAUUGCAAGAACUGGCCAACUGACCUUUACCUAGUUAGGAGAGAAGAUGUGCAUCUCUCUUCUAUUUUGAGUGACCACAGAUAUGUUACAGUGGUUUCACCAGGUAUAAAUGACAAAGUAACAUGUUGUACGAGUUGAGCAUGUUUCAUGAACCGUGGCUCUGGGAGCAAUAAACACAAUCUUCAGUUUUACAUGGUUCUGAUAUUCUUGACUUUUUGAGAACUCACUUUUUGACACGACAACAAUGUCUUCGUAUAUUUAGCAAAAUAUUGGUCUGUGUAAAACACCUGAUUUACCAGAGGAAAUUAAAGUUUCCCUAUGCCCAAAAUGUUGACCGCAAGUUCCGUAUUUGUUAUUGUAUCAGAUGUUGUGUUCUGUUUGAAAUAUUCCCCAUGACACAUGUCUGGCUGGACAAAAGCCAGGGCAGUAUUGCAGUUUCAACCAUGUGAAAAUAAGUGCAUCUUAUUCCACCCUAUUCACGUUAACUCCUGUAUAUAAGGAGGCCCUGGACAUACGUAAUUCAUCAGAGUGCGAAUCGUUUUGUGCUGUAUCAUUCUCUCUCUUUGCAAAGAUA